GAAGUACCUGGUAUUGGGAAAGAUCCCAUUUCUGCCAAUACCUUUUUUUCCCUCCCAUCGAAGCUCGCCGUCCUUCCCUCCUUCCGCUCUCGAGGUCUCUCCCGGGAAUCGCGACGCCGUCGCCGUGUCUGGUUUCUUUGAUCUUUGGAGGACAGGGGAGUAGGAUUCUCCACAUCCCGAUUGAGAGAUGACGUCGAAAGAUCAAAAGGGUUUCUUCGCAUCCAUCGCUUCCAGCUUCUCCAAUUUCGGCAGCGCUGUCCAGAAAUCCGUCAACGGGUUGCUUGGAUAUGAAGGGCUAGAAGUCAUAAAUCCUGAAGGUGGUGAAGAAGAUGCAGAAGAAGAAGCUCAGAAAGGAAGAUGGAAGCAAGAGGAACGGGAUGGCUAUUGGAAGAUGAUGCACAAGUAUAUUGGUUCAGAUGUUACAUCUAUGGUGACACUUCCUGUUAUCAUUUUUGAGCCAAUGACAAUGAUCCAGAAAAUGGCGGAGUUAAUGGAGUAUUGCAGCUUGUUAGACCAGGCAGAUGAAUGUGAUGACCCUUACAUGCGGUUGGUCUAUGCUUCAUCAUGGGCAAUUUCUGUAUAUUUUGCAUAUCAGCGAACCUGGAAGCCUUUUAAUCCCAUUCUUGGAGAGACUUAUGAAAUGGUUAAUCAUGGAGGGGUUACGUUCAUAGCAGAGCAGGUAAGUCAUCAUCCUCCUAUGAGUGCUGGACAUGCUGAAAAUGAACAUUUUGUUUAUGAUGUAACAUCCAAGUUAAAGACAAAAUUUCUGGGGAAUUCGGUGGAUGUUUACCCUGUAGGAAGGACCCGUGUCACUCUGAAGAAAACUGGUGUGGUUCUUGACCUGGUGCCUCCUCCAACCAAAGUUAACAAUCUCAUUUUUGGGCGAACUUGGGUUGAUUCACCUGGAGAGAUGAUCAUGACAAAUUUAACAACUGGGGACAAAGUUGUCUUAUAUUUUCAACCAUGUGGAUGGUUUGGUGCUGGUCGUUAUGAAGUGGAUGGAUAUGUGUAUAAUGCUGAUGAGGAACCUAAAAUUUUGAUGACGGGGAAAUGGAACGAGUCCAUGAGUUGUCAGCCUUGUGACCUAGAAGGAGAGCCCCUUCCUGGCACUGAAUUGAAAGAGGUAUGGAGAGUUGCGGCAGUUCCACAGAAAGACAAAUUCCAGUACACAUACUUUGCACAUAAAAUUAACAGUUUUGAUACCGCACCGAAGAAUCUGCUUGCAUCAGAUUCCAGAUUACGUCCUGACCGUUAUGCUCUUGAAAUGGGUGAUUUAUCAAAAGCUGGUGCCGAGAAAAGCAGUCUCGAGGAGAGGCAACGAGCUGAAAAGAGGCAUAGGGAGGCCAAUGGAGACAAAUUUACGGCUAGAUGGUUCAGUCUAACGGGAGAAGUCACACCGACUCCUUGGGGAGACCUGGAAGUUUAUGAAUACAAUGGUAAAUAUGCAGAACAUCGUGCUGCAAUUGGGAGUGCAGAUAGCAGCGUGGAGGUUGAUUUGAAGUCUACUGAGUUUAAUCCAUGGCAGUAUGGUGAACUUUCUGUGUGAUAAAUGUAAUUUUUUUUUGUAUUUUUAUUUUUUUUGGCUCCCAAUUACAAUUGGGUGUCUAUUUUUAUUUCCCCUUGUUUUUUUAUCUGGUCCAUCUAUUGUUAAGAACUUGUAGAAUAUGUAGGUGAAAUUUCAUUCUGAUAUUUAUAUGUUAUGGAUUCCUAGGAUCUCUACA